AUGAGUGAUGAACUCAAAGUCUUCCAAUAUACUUUUAAUGAAAGUAAUGCAACAACACCAAAAAAGAGGUUGGCAAAUAUUUUCAUCACCUAUCGCAAAGAAAUGAUGAAGAAAAAGCCUCAUAAUAUGCCAAUGACCGAAUAUAGUAGAUUGGUAUCCAAAUGGUGGAAGGAACUUUCGGAACCUAAGAAAUCAGAGUUGCAAAGACGCUAUCACAUAGAUAGAGAUAGAAAACAAUACCUUCCCGCUACAAAAGAUGAUCCGAUAUCUAAACGUUUGGGAAAAUUGAAAGAAGAACCUUCAAAGGAAUUUUUUAAUAACAUCGAAGAUAUCUUGAAUAAGUAA